UUGGUUGUUGGCUCCGGCGGUCGUGAGCAUGCUCUGGCAUGGCGGCUGGCGCGGUCAACGAAGGUAACCGAGAUCUUCGCGGCGCCGGGUAACUCCGGAACCGCGAGCGUCGGGACCAACCUGCCCGUCGCCGAAACCGACGUCGAUGGAUUGGCGAACGUUGCCGCCGAGCGGGCGAUCGACCUGGUGGUAGUAGGGCCGGAGACGCCAUUGGCGCUCGGCUUGUCGGAUCGCCUGGACGCCGCCGGCAUCCCGUGUUUCGGCCCAAGCCAAGCCGCCGCCCGUCUGGAAUCGAGCAAGAGUUUCGCCCGCGACGUACAGGACGCGGCGGGAGUGGCUGGCCCGGGGUACCAGGUAUUCCAGAGCGCAUCGGCCGCCCUGGCCUACGUGGAGCACCGAAACCGCCCGUUAGUGGUCAAGGCGGACGGGCUGGCGGCCGGCAAAGGGGUCUCAAUGUGCGCCAACCUCGAGGAGGCCAAGACCGCCAUAUCGACGUGCAUGCAAGAUCGGAUGUUUGGCGCAGCAGGUGAAACCGUGGUGAUCGAGGAGUGGCUCCACGGCCCUGAAGUCAGCGUGUUUGGGUUCACCGACGGUCAAAACCUUUCGGCCGUCGUUGCCGCAACGGACUACAAGCGGGUGGGCGAGGGCGACACCGGUCCCAACACGGGCGGGAUGGGCAGCUACGGACCGCCGGACUUUUGGAACGAAACCCUAGCCGAGCAAAUCCGGCGCGAAAUCAUGCUCCCGGUAAUCCGGGAAUUGGCCUCCAGGGGCUCGCCUUAUCGGGGAGCGCUUUACUGUGGGCUCAUGCUGACCGACGAGGGUCCGCGCGUGCUGGAGUUCAAUUGCCGGUUCGGAGACCCGGAAACGCAAGUGCUCAUGCCCCGCCUGGCAAGCGAUCCGGCCGAGGUGAUGCUGGCCUGCGCGACAGGCAGUUUGGGGGACGUUGAACCCGUGGAAUGGUCCGACCAUCCCGUGGUAGCGGUAGUGAUGGUUUCCGGGGGCUACCCGGAGACUUACGAAACCGGGUUUGAAAUUGAUGGCUUGGAUGGCUCCGGUUUCGACAAUGCGGACAGCAUGGUGUUCCACGCCGGGGUGCGCCGCGCCGGGGAUGGCAGCGGUCGGCUACUAACCUCGGGCGGACGCGUGCUGGCCUGCGUGGGGAUGGGCGGCAGUGUCGAAGAGGCCCGGCGCCACGCUUACCAACGCGCGGCGGGCAUCAGCUUCGAGGGCGCCUAUUACCGGCGCGACAUUGCGGAGCUCCGCUCGGAACAACCGACGACGAUCCAAUAG